UCCCGUCCUUGUCCACAGCGCCAUGAGCAGCGCCCCCGCGCAGGGCCCCGCUCCCGCCAGCCUCACGCUCUGGGAUGAGGAGGACUUCCAGGGCCGCCGCUGCCGGCUGCUGAGUGACUGCGCCAACAUCGGCGAGCGCGGGGGCCUGCGCCGGGUGCGCUCGGUCAAGGUGGAAAACGGCGCUUGGGUGGCCUUCGAGUACCCUGACUUCCAAGGACAGCAGUUCAUUCUGGAGAAGGGUGACUACCCUCGGUGGAGUGCCUGGAGCGGCAGUGCCGGCCACCACAGCGACCAGCUGCUGUCCUUCCGGCCAGUGCUUUGCGCGAACCACAGUGACAGUCGUGUGACACUGUUUGAGGGGGAAAACUUCCAGGGCUGCAAGUUUGAACUCAAUGAUGACUACCCAUCCCUGCCUUCCAUGGGCUGGGCCAGCAAGGAUGUGGGUUCCCUCAAAGUCAGCUCUGGAGCGUGGGUGGCCUACCAGUAUCCGGGCUACCGGGGCUACCAGUACGUGUUGGAGCGGGACCGCCACAGUGGGGAGUUCCGUAACUACAGUGAAUUCGGCACGCAGGCCCACACCGGGCAGCUGCAGUCCAUCCGGAGAGUCCAGCACUAA